AUGCGAGAGCUUGGUGUGAUAUUGUUGUUAACAGUGGGCCUAGCUGUCGCUCACCAACAAUACCAAGUUCCUGCUGCUGAUGAGAGAACAUACGAGACCCCACCACCCCCACAACAACCACCACAAUCUUAUCAAGCACAGUCCUCACCACCAAAAGAGCCUUCGUAUCAACGUGAGUUUGUAAAGAAAGUUCUUGCAGUUUUGGGUUUUGUAAAAAAAUUCUUGCAGCUUUUUGGUUUUUAAAGAAAGUUCUUGGCAUAUUGUUGUUUGUAAAGAAGGUUUUUGUCAUUUUAUGGUUUGUAAAGAAGGUUUUCGUCAUUUUAUGGUUUGUAAAGAAAUUUAUUGCUAUUUGUGUUUUGGAAAUAAAGUUCUUGUCAUAUUUUGUUUUUUAAAGAAAGUUCUUGCAAAAAAAGUUUUUGUUUUAUUAAAAAUGACAUUCUUAGUGCUGAAAAACGCCUUUUUUGAUGUAUUUUAAUAAUUUUUGGAUCCCACCACGAAAACUUUGAAAUUGGAAAAAUCACUAAAAAUAGCAUUAAAUCUUAAAAAUCAUUAAAAGCAAAAUAAAAAAGAUUAAAGUAAAAAAAAUUUAAUUAAAAAAUAUUUUAUUUUGCGUUUUUUUGGGUCCCACCGCGAAAACUUUGAAGAUUAGAGAUAUGUGUCAAAAUAAGAAAAAAUAUUUAAAAAUUUUUAUUUAUAGUAAAAUACGGAAUCUAAAUGACUAAUUUGAAAUUUUGAAAUUUAUUAUUUUUAGAGCACUCUCAAGGGUACUAUGAAACCCCACCAGCACCAUGUCCAAACGGUGGUAGACGUCAUCCUGGAAGCGGUGAAUGUUGUAAGUCAAUUUUACUUUGGUAAAUCACUCUAUUUAAAUUUUUUAAUUAUUUUUCGUUGUUUCUAAAACAAGGAAGGGUUUUUUAGUUAUAAAAUAGAGAAAGUUUAUUUUAUUUUUGUGUUUUCGUUGUAGGACCAAAAUAUUUUUUUGGCAUUUUUCUGAUUUUUUCCUGAGGCUAUAUUGCAGUUAUACCUUUACUUAUUGAACCUAUAUUUUAGUGCUGAACGAAUGUGAGACAAACCAACAUGACUGUCACGAAAAGGCUCGUUGUAUCGACACUCCAGCCUCGUAUACCUGUGCUUGUCAGUCCGGUUACAUCGACCAGUCAUCUGACCGUCCCGGACGUCAAUGUGAACUUCCAUUGAACAACUGUGCCUCAGGACGUCACGGUUGUUCUCCAGAUGCCACAUGCACCGACACUUACAAUGGAGUUCAGUGUAAAUGUAAGGGUGGAUAUGUGGACAUCUCUCCCGACCAACAACGUAAACCUGGCAGAGUUUGUCGCAAAGAUAUCAAUGAAUGUCUGAGUCCAGUGCUGAACACUUGCUCCAGAGAUGCUACUUGUACUGACACUUUUGAGAGCUACACUUGUGAAUGUAACGCUGGUUUUAAGGAUGUGAACCCAAGCAAUCCUGGAAGAGAUUGUGAGGCUAUUCCACGUAAGUAGGACCAUCCAUUUGGGCAAGGUAGGGUAGGGUAGGGUAGUGUUAAAAAUUUUAAAAAGUUACUAUUUUUCAAAAAUCUACUAUAACUUAAAUAACAAUGUCAUUAUGCUCGUUUCAUUGUCUUUUUGUUAUCAGAAACAAGCUUAUCAAUCAUAACUUUUAGAAGAUACACAGAGCUACCAAACCCCACCACCACCAACAUACCAGACUCCACCCCCACCCACCUACCCAACUCCACCACCACAAGACGCUGGAUAUGAAAGUAGGUGACACAAAAAAAAUUUAAAUAAAAAAAUGGCAAGGCAUUGGUUUAAGCAGUAUAAUAUACACAGAAAAAAAAAUAAAACGGUUAAAAAUAAUAAAUUUAAAAAAAUAUUGUUGUAGAGCCAUCUUGUGCCAAAGAAGGUAAAAUUGAAUGCGAUCCAAACGCCAUAUGUAUUGACUUGGCCAAUGGUGGAUUUACUUGCAAAUGCCCACCAGACCUCAUUGACAAAUCGCCAGAACCAUCAAAACCUGGACGAAAAUGCAUUGAAGGUAAGGGUUUUAAUGUAAAAUACGAUGAAAAAAUUAGGUAUCUUUUAAAAAGUUGUAUUUGAAUAAUGUAAAGCUCCGAUUUCAUGACAAGAAUUGUCUUAAAAAAUGGUGUGGUAGAGUAUGAUCACAAAGAUUUGAAUAUAAGGCCACAUUAACUGAAUAUUUUUUAAAAUUUAAAAGAGUUCUGGCUUUCUGGUCACCUAAAACAAUAUCGGGAAGCCGUGAGCUGUAUCUCAAGAACUGUUUUUUAGUUUUCUUUGAUCUUGGUAUCAAAUUAAACCUUAUUUGAAGCUUGAAAAGGAUUUUUAAAAAUGAAUUGGUUAUUUGGUACUACUUGGAAAGUUAUGACCUGUUUUAGAUAGACACCUCAUUUUAGCUUUUUUUGGUUUUACUGACUUUUCAAACAGAUAUUACUCAAUAAAUUAGUUGAAAUUGACUAUGAUAUAUGUUGCAGAUCAAAAUUUAUGUAUUAACUAAUAUUUUUCAUUCAAUUUUAUUACUAUAAAAGCUCAAUAACAUAUAGAUAAGGAAGUGAUAAAGGGGACAAGUUUUACGUUUUCCCUUUUGCCGCUGUAUAGAGCCCUGCCCUUGGACCCACGUGCACGUGUGCAGGAUCGGCUACUUCCAAAUUGUUUUGGCGCAGACUUUGCCCGGCCAGGCUUAGUGGGCCCUUUUUAGGUCUAGUGACAAAAUUGGUUUUUUAAAAUUCAUCUUGAUCUAGAGACCCUUUUUAAUUAUUUUUUGAAAAAUCAACAUUUAUCACUAUUUUCAACCUCUUUUCUUCAAAAACUUUCUUUACAGAACCAGCCGCCUCCAUUGACGAGCCACCACAAGAAGCCCCCAAGACUGUACCAACCACAACCACCACCACUCCCAUUCCCGGCUUCACGGUUCAAAUCCCAAUCCCAGUCGAGAAGAUUGGCUCCAAUGGUAUCGUGUGGAGCUCUCAGUACAAUCCAGGAGCUCAGUUGUUCGAGGAACUGGUCGAUUUGUUCAAGGAGGGAGUCAACGAAACCAUUGGCAAAACUGAGUUCGGCCCAACUCAUUUGAGAACCGAGAUCUUCAGUGUGAGCAGUGCUAGGAGGAACAACAGGUAAGGAGUGACAUUGGUUUGUUUGUAUUGGGUUUUCGUUGUGGGACCAAAGGUGAUAAGGUGUGUUCGUUGUGUAAUCAAGUAUAGAUGGAUUUUUUCGUUCUGGGACCAAUUAUAAAUAAGGAUUUUCGUUGUAAGAUCGUUUAAAAAGACGUUUUUUCGUUGUAGAACCAAAUUGAAAAAAAUGAAUUUUUUUGCUUGGCGUUACAAAUUUCAAAAAUUUAAUUUUUAGGUAUAUCGUGGCUUUUGAAACUAAAAAGAUUAAUUUUUAGGUAUUUACCGAACCUAAAAUUUUAAAAUUCCAAUUUUCUCACUAUUCUUAAUUUAAAAACUGUAAUUUUCAGUGAAUUUGAACAAGGAGCCCUGAUCGUCUUCAACGGUACCUUCAGUGAGCCAGUCGACCGUUGUAAGGUGUUCGAUGCCAUUAUCGAAAAGGUACAGGAAGAUAAGAACCAUCUGGGAUCGACCGCCUUGAAGGUUCACGAAAAAGUACAGUAUGUCAACCCAUGCCCACAUGACUUGUGUGGUGGCAAGAUCUGCGACACCAAGAAGGGUGAGGUCUGCAUCAACGGUACCACUUGUGGCAUCGACUUCUGUAGCGACUUCACUUGUUAUCCACACUCGAAGCCGGUCAAUCUUAUCGACCGAUGCGAGUGCUACUGUGACAAGGGCUACACCGACCUACGGCCACUUGAAACCAACAAGCUACACCUGGAAGACAAGGACGUGUGUGUGCUUCAUCCAAACUGGUGCACUUUGGGUCUGCACAACUGCUCCAAAGUGGCGGACUGUAUUAUGCUGGAGGAGGACUAUACCUGCAAGUGCUGGGAUGGUUACAAUGACACGAAUCCAGAAGUUCCAGGCCGAUUCUGCGCUGCCGCCUUCUGUGGUGAAUGUGGGGAGCACGGUGCUUGCGUAACCAGCCCAGAAUCCCAGAAUGUGACUUGCGUCUGUACUGAAGGCUACACUGGAGAUCAUUGUGAGAUUGCACCAUCUGCUCUGCCACUUUGGUUGAUGUUGUUGUUGGCGCUGUUGUUCUUGUUAUUGACUUUGUGGUAGGUGGCUUGAUGGUUACAAUAGUUUGAUUUACCUUAGCUUACUCUACCUUACCUUACCUUUACUUACCUUAUCUUAUCUUAACUUACCUUACCUUUUCAGUUGCUGCCUCUACGCCUGCUCCCGUCUGCGCUGGUUCAAACGUCAACCAGCCCUGCUAGACCAAACCGGCUCAUCAGCCAGCGACCUUUGGGCGAUACCACGGCCAAAACUGGUUGGAGCCGACAACGAAUCCAUGGGAUCCGGCUCAUCUGAAUUCACCAUCCGCGAAGAGAUCGAACGUCGUGUUGUGACGGACGUCACGCGUACUGAAGUCCGUACCGAAGCCACCGAACACGAGGAGGACGAGCACGAGCAUUUCACUCACACUCAAGCCGUCCAAGAAGAACGCAUCAUCAACUGA